UCCUGAGAAUGGGGGAGAAUAAGGUGGUAGAGGGAAGGGUCUUCCUUGGCAGAGAGAGGACCCGGGGUACUAGGCCAGCCCGGGACUGCCCCCACCUGGCCCACUCAGAGCCCCUGACUUUGAGAAGCUCUGUCUGCUGUGAGGGGUAUUGGCCUCGCCCUAUUUCUGCUUCCAGCACCUAGGGCGUCACAGAUGGCAGCGUCUCUGGGGACAGCAGCUGCAACUGAGUCCAUGGGUCGACGCUGAGCUGCUCAGGCUGAGGCGGUGUGCUCAGCACAGAGCCCCUGGAACAGGCAUCUGCAGGGUAUGAGGGUCACAGCUCACCUCACAGACCCACCUGGGAGUAGGGGCACAGGAAGAGCCGAGGUUUGGAGACAGAGCUGGGGCUUCUCUCCAACUUGCUCUAGAGGGGAGGAAGCUGGAGCCUUGAGUGCUUAGGCAACUUGCCCAAGGGCACCCUGGAGAGAGACUGAGCCAGAGUGGCUCUUGGCUCCAAGGCCACCGCGAUGCCGCACUUCCUGGACUGGUUCGUGCCUGUCUACCUGGUCAUCUCUGUCCUCAUCCUGGUGGGCUUCGGCGCCUGCAUCUACUACUUCGAGCCGGGGCUGCAGGAGGCGCACAAGUGGCGCGUGCAGCGCCCCCUGGUGGACCGUGACCUCCGCAAGACGCUGAUGGUGCGGGACAACCUCGCCUUUGGCGGCCCUGAGGUCUGAGGCUUCGUGCCGGGGUGGGGGGCGGCAGGCACCGGUCGCCCUCCCCAGGCGCCCAGCCUGGAGACUCUCGAGGUAGAGGGAGUACGACCUCUUCUUGGUCCUCCAGGACAUCCCUCUGCUGCCCGGGCCCUCCGUACAGGCCCCCAGGGCUCUGGGAGGGCCAUGGCUGUGGAGGUGGGACACCUGGGUGCUUUCAUCAAUUGCUGCUGCUGGCCCAGGUUUUGCUCUUCCUGUCAAGCCAACUCACCCACGCCCGCCCACCCAGCUCAGGGGACAUCUUCCCCGACUCCUAGUGCCUUUGUGCCACUUAGCAUUUUGGCCCUCCACCUGGAGUCAGGCACGGCUGCCUCUGCCUGUCCUGAGCCUCUGGCUCCCCCAUUUCCCUACAGAAUGCCCAGGUACUGUCAGCUCCCCACCCUACCCUGGGGCACCAGCCCUGCAGCUUCCCCUGACAGGCUUCAAAGCUGACCCAGCCCCACCCCUCAAGCUUGGAAUUGGUGAGGGUGUGUGGUGGGGGUGAGGCCAAAGGGAAGAGGAGGGGACAGGAGGAGAGAAAGAGAGAGAGUCUGCGGGGAGGGCAGUCAUGGGGACCUGAGGAAAUGAUUGUGUGAGAGAGAGUGGGGUCCCUAGACAAAGCAGGAGGUAGUGGGGACAGGGUGAGCUCUACAGGCAGCAAGGACUGUCCACCGUAUGGCCCAAUACCCCUCCCUCUCCAGGACUUUACUAUCCCCUCCUCCUUCCUCUGGGCUGAGGCAGCUGGCAGAGCUCCUGCUCUCCCUCCCUGCCUUGUGCCACACUUCCAAGGCCAAGCCCAGCCCCCUGGGAGCCAGACCCCUUCAAACCCUCAGGCCUACCCUGGAGCCUGCUCCUGCGUGGAGUUUCCGUUGUCUCACACUGGAUGCAAACUAGCACGCUGCCUCACCUCUGCUGGGGCUUCCCUUUUAACUUAUUCGCAAUAAUAAAGACUUCAUGACUGUC